AUGGCGAAGAAGCGUUCGGCGUCGAGAGACACCAAGUUUGACAAGAUCCCGUUCCGAAUGCAUCCGCGCGUGUUCGCGGCGUUGGGUGCCGACCUUGUCACGAAUGACGUGGUCGCCGUCAUCGAGUUGGUGAAGAAUUCGUAUGACGCCUUCGCGGAGAACGUGUGGAUUCGUUUCGAGUUGGACAAAGGCGGCGGAGAAUCGAUCAUUAUCGAAGAUGACGGAUUCGGCAUGUCAAGGGCCGUGAUCGAAGACGUGUGGUGCGUAGUGGCGACUCCCUUCAAGGCGGAUAAUCCCAAAGUCAAGAGCGGUAGAAAAGAUCGUCGUGUAGCGGGCGAGAAAGGUCUCGGGCGUCUCUCGGUGGCUCGGCUGGGUUCAAAGUUGCAGCUGAUUACGCAGACUGAGGUGGGGCGGUGCUGGGAGCUCGUUGUCGAUUGGUCAGAGCUUGCUAGCGAGGAGGACCUGAUCACUUGUUUUGCCCGUUGCCGAACGUACGCGGGCAAGAGUCCUUUCGAGGAAUCGGGCACACGCUUGCGGAUAGAGAAUCUGGAGAGCUACUGGGGCGAGGCUCAGAUCAACGACCUGGAGGAGAACCUGGCACGGCUGAUAUCGCCUUUCGCGAGCCAUGGGGACUUCAAUAUUUACAUAUCUGCUCCCGACCGGCUCAGAGGCGAUUCCGGGGAAGUCAGGAUCGAGUCGCCGACUUUCCUGUCACAUCCGAAAUACUCGAUUGUGGGGCAUGUCGACGCGCGCGGCAACGUACAAGGCCGCUAUAACUUCAAGCCGAUUAAGAAAGGAAAACCGCGGACGAGAAAACUUUCUCAUUCGUGGGAGCAGAUUUACGACGACAUUCAGGACAGGACCCGGUUUCGUUUUUCGGAUAAGCGCGCACACUGCGGUCCGUUCGACUUUGAAUUGAGGGCAUGGGACCUCGGACCAGAAGACACUCAGGAGAUAGCGGACAAGUUCGAGUGCCAGAGAAACCAGGUGCGAAAAGCAAUCCGAGCCCACAAGGGUUUGUCUGUCUAUCGCGACGGCAUCCUCGUUUUGCCGAAGUCGGAAGGAGCACGUGACUGGCUGGGCCUCGAUCUGCGUCGCGUGAGCAAGGUUGGGGAUCGUAUGAGCACCAGCCAAUUGGUUGGCUAUGUUUCGAUCACGGCCAAGGCGAAUCCCAACAUUGUCGACACGAGCGACCGCGAACGGCUUGUCUCCCGUUUGGAGGUUGGCGAGUUCGAAGAAAUUCUUAAAUCCAUCGUAGGGCUUCUUGAGAACGAACGGGACUUUGAUCGCGUAAAACGCGAGCCGCAGCAAACCGCCGCCGAUCUGUUCGAGGAACUUUCUGCCGAGGAACUCUUGGCGGAGGUUCUUGCUCUCGCGGAGGAAGGCGCCGAGGCCAGCGAAGCCGUGCCGCUGCUGAAAACCUUCAAUAAAUCCCUCGACAUUGCUCGCAAGACAAUUCAGGAGCGAUUCGUCUACUACAGUCGAAUGGCUACCAUCGGUACCAUCGCGCAGAUGCUUGUGCACGAAAUUCGCAACAGGACAACAUCGUUCGGGACUUUUCUCGACUUCAUAAAAGACAGGUUUGGUCCCUUCAACGACGAUGUUCUUGCACGGCAGUACCGCUACGCGGAAAACUCCGUGAUAGCGCUCGAACGCCUCGCCGAUACCUUCUCUCCGCUGGCGAGCAGGAGCUUUACCAGGCGCAAGCGGCGAUCCAUUUUAGAGGAGCGGAUCAAUAACUGUCUCGACGUAAUGCAACAAGAGAUCGAUCGAAAGCAUAUUUCUGUGAGCGUACCAAGUUCUGAAUCGGCGGUCGCCGUUGAUCCCGGAGAGUUGGAAGCCGUGAUUCUGAACUUGCUCACGAAUGCAACGUAUUGGCUGGGACAACGGGCGAAGGAUGCCAGGGAGAUGCAGUUCCGUUUUUCUCCGAUCGAUGGGGGUAAACGAUUGCGUGUGUGGUUCCAUGACUCGGGCCCCGGUAUCGAAGAGGAAGACGCCGAGAAAAUCCUCUUGCCGGGCGUAACGAGAAAACCGGGCGGCAUCGGAAUGGGGCUCACGGUCGCGUCCGAGAUUGUGGCUUCCUAUGGCGGAAGAAUGACCAUCAAGCAGCCGGGGACCUUGGGGGGCGCCUCGUUCGCCUUUGAUAUCCCGGCGGUUGAAUCAGUGCAAGAGACUCUAAAGACAGAGUGUCUGUCCGAUGUGAGGCCAUUUGAAGAGGCUGAGAAGGCUCUCGAUGAAUUCUUGCCGGACAUUGUCGUUCUCGACAUUCUCGAGUCUGGCUCAAGCGGUGAGCCCGAUCCCGUCGGGAAGACAACGUACGAUGUCAUUUGGGAGAAGCGGUUCUGCCCGAUUGUAGUCUACUCCGCUCACCCUGAGCUCUUGUCCGAAGGUUGUGAAGAUCAUCCCUUUGUGCGGUUUGUGCAGAAAGGGAGGGGGAGUGACCAAGAAAUCAAGAUGUGUGUGCAAGAAUUUCGACCUCAUGUAAAAGCAGUGCGGGAAACGGAAUCGCGAAUCAGAAGGGAAGUGUCGCUCGCCCUACGAGAUGUCGCUCCAGACGCAUUCCGGAUUUUCGCGGAGGAGGAAGAUCGUCGCAAUGCGAUCGUGCGGUCCGCACAGAGACGACUUGCGGCCCUUAUGGAUGACUUGUCGCGUCACGGCGAGAAGCUGCAAGGAUGGGAGCAAUAUCUGAGUCCGCCCGUUGGCGAAGACGUCAGGCUAGGAGACAUUCUCCAACAGAAAGACGGCUCGAAUGAGGACCCGUCUUCGUUUUUUGUGGUGCUAACACCUUCCUGUGACCUUGUAGCGUCCGGCGGACGUUCCGCGAAAGUCGGUGAUGUACUGGUUGCAUCAUGCGUUUCGGUCGUUGAAGGUAUCAAUGCCACAGGGCUCGGUCAGUUAUCGAAGAAGAAGUUGAAGGAACGUCUACCGAGUAGUUUGUUAUCUCAGGGAUUCCUGGACGGCAUUAUUCCGCUGCCGAAACUCGAAGGUCGAUUGCCGACGAUGGCGGCGAACGUGAGAAGACUGAAGCUGAUCCCCGUGUCACAUGUUACGUCCGAGUCUUCGGAGUAUAGCCGGGUAUCUUCGAUCGACAGCCCGUUCAAAGAACUGAUUGCGUGGGCCUAUAUGCAAACGGCGUGUCGUCCCGGUCUUCCGGACCGAGAUUUCGAUUCAUGGAGAGGACUGACGCGCGGACUAAUCGACGCCGGGCUGGAGGUUGUCGGCGGUUUCGACGUUGAUGAGGGGUGUGCGGAAUCAUAUGAAUCGAACAAUCCGAGCUCGAAGUUUAACUGCAGCGACAUCCGAGAUAUUGACGUUCCCAGGUUGCGUUCCACCACACGGCUACGGAAGUUUGAGGAUGUUCUGUUUGUCGGCUGCGCACCGUGCCAACCGUUCAGUCAGCAACGAAGACGCAGAUAUAGUGGCGAGAACACGACGCUGUUGACUCGCUUCGGUGCGCUCGUAGAAACGGCAAGGCCUCGAGCUGUUUUGAUGGAGAACGUUCCCGGUAUGGCACGCGUUGGGGGCUUUAGUACUUUUAAACGAUUUGUCAGGAUGCUGGGAGUCAACGGCUAUGCGUAUACCUACGACAUACUGGACGCGAAAUAUUUCGGUGUGCCUCAGACCCGACGUAGGUUGGUGCUGGUCGCGGUGCGCGGCAGUGACGUUUGCCUGCCUUCCGAGGUCUAUGGGGGCGGCGGUCGUCCCCUCCGCACCGUCCGUGACGCCAUUUCGCACUUUCCAGAAGUAUCGGCGGGUGAGUGCCACGAAGACGUCCCGAAUCAUGUUUCUGCGAGCAUCACGGACAAGAACCUCGAACGUUUGGUGCAUACCCCCCACGACGGUGGGGAUCGGCGAUCGUGGCCUCGCCGCCUGCAGCUUAACUGUCACAAGAAUGGCUACGCAGGUCAUACAGACGUGUACGGACGGAUGGCAUGGGAUUCGCCGGCCCCGACGCUCACGGGGCGAUGUCACAGCAUCUCGAACGGAAGAUACGGACAUCCUACGCAAAAUCGGGCGAUUUCCUUGCGGGAGGCUGCAGCUUUGCAGUCGUUUCCGGAUCGGUACAUCUUUUACGGGUCGAACAAGCACAUCGCCUUGCAGAUCGGCAACGCGGUUCCGGUCCGUUUUGCACAAAGCUUAGGCAGGCACCUCAUGCAAGUAGUCGACGGCUCGACACCAGGGUCCACAAGACCCAGGCGACCUGGUCGCAGAGCGUGA